AUGCGGAUAGCUCCUCUCACGCCGCUGUUGCGGACGGCCGCCAGAUCGCAAUAUAAAAACACGCUCAUAAAAUCAUUCGCAGCAUCUCAAACCAGGCAAUUCAACCUCCCAUCACUCUCCUCAUUUGCGCCACAAUUCUCUGCGCCGGAACCACGAAGUCUCUCCGCAACCCGUACCCUCCCAUUCGCACCGUCGCCGCUUUUCCAAACCAUCUCUUCAAUCGAUUCAUACAAAGAUUUUUUACCCUUCCUGACAGAGUCGAAAGUAACCGCUCGCGAUCCCAAAACCGGUUACCCCACUCGCGCAUACCUAACUAUUGGAUACGGGCCUCUUAGCGAGACGUUCGAGUCAAAAGUCGAAUGUGACGAGAAGAAGUGGUUCGUGGGUGCAAGAAGUGGUGAUAUUGCUCUACAGCAUAAGCAAAACCAAGGAGCUGGCGGAAGUAGUUCUCAGGGAGAAUGCAUAUUUGAGCAUUUGGACACCAUUUGGAAAUUGGAGCCGUUGAAUACAGGCAUGAACGGGGGUCAUCGGACAAAGGUUGACUUGACAGUUCGCUUUCAAUUCCGGAGUCCAUUACAUGCAGCAAUGAUGACUGCAGUUGAGAGUCAGAUGGCUGGGUUGAUGAUAGAAGCGUUCGAGAAGCGCAUGAUAGAGGGCGGGAAGAGGUAA